AUGACACGCUCUCAUUCUUCCCCCGAACGCCCCGAUGGCGAUCUACCGACCCUCUCUCAGCACGAAGAUAAGAAAAGUUCUCUCCAAAACGGGGAGCAUCAAGAAGAUCCGUUUGGGGAUGAGGAGGACGGCGAAAUCAGAUAUCGGACAAUGACAUGGUGGCAGUGCAGCAUGAUAAUGAUUGCAGAGACCGUCUCCCUUGGGAUUCUGUCACUGCCAUCUGCCGUUGCGGUGUUAGGUCUGGUACCAGCAGUAAUUCUCAUUGUUGGACUUGGUGUUGUCGCAACUUGGACUGGCUACACCAUCGGCCAGUUCAAGCUUCGAUAUCCGCAAGUGCAUAGCAUGGCGGAUGCUGGAGAAGUGCUUUUUGGGCCCAUUGGUUGGGGCAAGUUCGGCCGGGAAUUCCUGGGAACAGCGCAGCUGCUCUUCUUAAUCUUUGUUAUGGGAAGUCAUCUCUUGACCUUCACGGUGAUGAUGGAUACAGUAACCGAUCACGGCACUUGUUCGAUUGUGUUUGGAAUUGUCGGCCUGAUGGUCUCCUUCACGCUGACCUUACCUCGCACCCUUCGCAAGGUGUCAUGGUUUUCUAUUGCUGCCUUCAUCAGUAUCGUCUCGGCACUCCUGAUCACUAUGAUCGCCCUCGCGGUCCAGCGCCCGGGAGAUGGUAAGGUUGAGGCAACAACGACAGUCAGUCUCUCCAAGGGAUUUUUGGCGGUGACAAAUAUUGUGUUUGCCUAUGCGGGUCACGUCGCCUUCUUCGGAUUUAUAUCAGAGAUGGAAACUCCAACAGAUUAUCCGAAGACCUUAUACUUGCUUCAAAUAACCGACACCAGUAUGUAUGUAGUGGCAGCUGUUGUGAUAUACAUCUAUGGUGGGAAAGGGGUGCACUCCCCGGCAUUGAGUUCCACGAAGCCUAUCACUGCCAAGAUUGCGUAUGGGAUUGCUAUUCCGACAAUUGUUGUGGCUGGGGUCAUCAAUGGACAUGUUGCAGCGAAGUAUGUGUAUGUCCGCCUGUUUCGGGGUACCGACCAUAUGCAAAAGCGAACGCUCCUUUCGGUGGGAUCCUGGACAUCAAUAACACUCACACUAUGGGUAAUAGCAUGGAUAAUAUCUGAAGCAGUACCGGUCUUCAACAAUCUGUUGAGUCUGAUCACCUCUCUCUUUGCAAGUUGGUUUACCUAUGGCAUAAGUGGUAUAUUUUGGUUAUUCCUUAAUUGGAAACAAUACGGGACAUCUGGGCGAAAAAUGGGGUUGACUGUCGUUAGCCUGGGGGUCAUUGCUAUAGGUGCUUGUUUGUGUGGCAUGGGCCUCUGGGUUUCUGGAAAGGCCAUCCACGAUGAUCAAAGAGGCUCUAGCUUUACCUGUGGCGUCAGGGUUGGCUAA